ACUUGAAUCUGCGAAUGUACUUCUCAAUAUGGAUAUUCGUGCUUGUGCAAUUCACACGUACGCAAUAUACUUACGGCGAGGAAACAAUCCUGGAUUCCCCGCACGGGCCAUGCGAGGGCUACAAACAGGGAGAGGACGAUCUUCAAACAUUCGACUUUAUCAGCAAGCUGAAACUGGAUCUUCUGAAGACACAUUACACUGGCGUGACGCGAGUCAGAGGUAGCAAUCGCAUGCAAAUAGCCUACAGAUUGGAAAGAGACACUGAUGUCACCUUGCCAACAAAAAAUAUACUUCCAAACGGAUUGCCAGAGGAAUUCAGCGCGGCCUGCACAUUCAGAGCCAGAAAACCGCCAAAGUAUACUUGGCACAUUAUCAGAAUCGUCGACAUGGAAAACGAGCCCCAGUUUUUAAUCGCAAUGAACCCAAAAAGUCAGACUCUGGAUUUAUCCAUGAAGAGUCAGACUGGGGAACUGCAGACGGUGUCGUUCUCAGCCGAACGUAUGUUCGACAAGAAUUGGCACAAAAUUAAUAUCGGAGCCUUCAAGGAUAAGCUGGUGAUAUAUCUCGAUUGCGAGUACAUUGGCACGCAAGACGUGAAACUACGAGGGCCGAUCAAAGUGGAUGGUGAGAUCUCGAUAUCGAAGAUGUCGCACAGCAAGCUUACUACACCGAUCGAUAUACAGUGGAUGGUCUUAAACUGCGAUCCUACGAGACCGGAGAGAGAGACCUGUGAGGAAUUGCCGAAGAGCCUUAGCAACCCUUUAUUACCUCCGAGGAAACUUGGUUGUGAAAUUAUCUGUCCACGGGGGCCUCCUGGAAUUAAUGGCACUAAUGGUUUACCUGGCCUAGUCGGGUUAUCUGGGCCACCUGGAACAAUGGGAGAAACAGGCCUACCUGGACGACCAGGGCUGCGUGGGCCACCUGGUGAACAAGGAAAAAUAGGUCCUCAAGGAUUCACUGGAGCGCGGGGAUUUCCCGGUAAUCCGGGUCCUAAAGGGUCUAUUGGGCCAAUAGGACCAGUGGGCCCCAAAGGAGAACGCGGUGAAAGAGGUGACAUGGGGUUUCCAGGAUUAAAGGGAGAUCAAGGUCUUCCGGGACCACGGGGAUAUCCAGGGCUCCCAGGUAGACCAGGAAAUAUCAGUGACUAUCAUGACGUUUUACCACGAUUCAUAGGGCCACCGGGUCCCCAAGGAUAUCCGGGUCAGAAGGGUUCUAAUGGUGAUCGAGGAGAACGCGGGGAUAAAGGCGAGCAAGGUCAAAAAGGUGAACCUGGAGAGAGGGGUUAUCCAGGACAAGACGGGUUACCAGGUUUAGAAGGAAAACCAGCUCUUCCUGGCUUACCUGGUCCUAAAGGAGAAAUAGGAUUUCCGGGUGUACCAGGUCCUCAGGGAUUACCAGGUUCACAAGGUCAAAUCGGUGCACCUGGAUUACCCGGAAUUGAAGGUCCAAAAGGAGAACCUGGAGAACCUGGUCGUGAUGGUUUACCAGGUUCAAUAGUUGGUUCCGUAAUACCAGGGCCACCUGGCCCUGAAGGUUCUCCCGGUCCACCUGGAGAAGAUGGUUUACCCGGAAUAAAAGGAGAACCUGGUCUUAUUGGUCCAGCAGGUCUUCCGGGACUACAAGGAAAAAAUGGUUCUCCAGGUCCUCCUGGUUCUCCAGGGUUACAAGGUUUACCUGGUUUGCCUGGAGAACCGGGUACUCCAGGUCCUCGUGGAAUAGAAGGACCGGCUGGAAAACCAGGACUAACAGGAUUUGAUGGACGACCCGGAGAAAAAGGUGACAAGGGUCAACAAGGAGAACAAGGACCUCUUUUUUCCCUAUCAUUAAAUAAAAUAAAUGGUGCGCCUGGCUUAUCUGGAGCCGCCGGAAUUCCUGGAUUAGAAGGACGACCAGGUCCAGCAGGUCCUCCAGGUCCUUCUGGGCCAGCAGGACCACCUGGAACAGUUGCAGAUAUGUUAAGCACAAAUAGUGUUUUGGAAACUAUCGGUAGUCCAGGUGUUAGUGGACCUAGAGGUUUACCAGGUAUACCAGGUUUACCAGGUGAGAGAGGACCUUCGGGAGAACGAGGUCCAGAAGGUCAAAUAGGACUCCCUGGUAUGCCAGGGAAAGAUGGUGCUCCAGGACUUCAAGGACCACCAGGAAUUAGAGGACAAACAGGAAUGCCAGGAGUUCAAGGACCACCAGGCCGAAGUAUCACUGAUACAGAAAUUCGAGAUAUAUGCGCCAGUGUACUACGAGAGCAGAUGACUGAGAUGGCAGCACAGAUGCAAGGUCCACCUGGUCCACCUGGUCGAGGCCGUCCAGGUCGUCCUGGAUCACCUGGUCCACAAGGUCGUCCAGAGAGGCUGAAAGAACUAACAGAAGGUCUACGAGGGCCACCCGGGUUGCCGGGACUGACCCGACAGGGCCGUCCCGGUCGAACCGGAACCCAGGGCAUCCCAGGUGAUCCAGGUCCACCCGGUUUACCUGGAGAACGUGGUUUUGUUGGAUUACCAGGCCCACAAGGCCCCAUAGGUCCUCAAGGUCCAUCAGGUGAACGAGGCGAGAAAGGUGACAGAGGUACUGAAGGCGUUGGUGUAGAAGGUCCAAUGGGUCCAAGAGGAUUGCCUGGCCCGCCUGGCAAUAAUGGCGUUGGAUUGCCUGGAAGGCAAGGAGAACGGGGGGAACCGGGCAGACCAGGUGUUCCUGGGAUGAGGGGGCCACCUGGAGUACAAGGGUUGCCCGGAUUUUGCGAACUAUGCAAUUAUCCGAGCGCCAGUUACUUACAAUAUACACGUGGCAAUGAAAAAGGGCCGUAA